AUGGAAGUUUUCUUCUCUCCAAUAAAAAUUGAUGAUAAAUAUAAAUAUUCAGAUAAUAAUAAUGAAAAUAUAAAAUUUAAGUCAUACCAAAAUUUUGCUUUCAUUAAAUUUUAUGAUCUUAAUAUUCUAUGUGAUUGUCCUUUAGUAUGUAAAAAUGAUUUAAACUUUAAUCAUAAUCAAGAAUUAUUUAAAGAAUUAAAUAUUGAUCAAUUACAUGAAGAUACACUUUUUCCUGCCACAUUUUUAUUUAAUGAAUUUAAUACCAAAGAAAAUGAGAAAAUUGAAAUUGAUUUAAUUUUGAUUUCAAAUCCACAUGGUCUUAUUGGUAUUCCUUUUUUAUUACAUUAUAAUCACUAUUGUAAUUAUUUAAAAUCUUCAAAUUUGAGUUACAAUGAUGAUAAUAUUAACAGUACAAAUGAAUAUAAUGGUUAUGAUGAUUGUGAUAAUAAUGAUAGUUAUUGUAAUUAUGAUUAUGAUAACAAUAAUAACCAAUACGAUAUUGAUCAUUGUAGUGAUGAUAGUCAUUCUGAUGAUGAAAAUAAUAAAAACAAUUAUUUAAAUAUUUAUCAAUGGUUGGAUAAAUAUCCUAGUAAAUUUGAUAUUACAAAUUCUAAAUUAUUAGUUACACCACCAGUUUAUCAAUCUACAAUAUUAUCUUUACAACAAUUAAUUGAAUAUUACAGUAAUAAUCCAUUUAAUAAUAUUAUUGAUCCAUUUAUUUGGUUAAAAACUCCAGAUUUAUAUAAUAUUAUUUCAUCAGAUCUUAUUAAUAAUAGUAUUGAUAUUGAAAAUGGUGAUUCUUUAAAAAUUAGACAUAAAAUAUUUUCAAAUCUUCCAGAAAAUGGGCCUGAAUAUUAUUAUAAUCAAUUUAGUUUCAAUGAUAAUGAAAAUAAUAACGAUUCAAACAACUUUAAUAGUAUAAUUGAUUCAAAAAAUACUAAUAGUGAAUUGAUUAAUUCAAGAGGUAGUACUACUGGUCUUGGUGCUGCAAUUAAUGCUGCUAGCCAUAUUUUUGAUGGUAAUAUUCUUCAAAAUAUUCCAACUACCAUUGGUUGUAAUACUUCCAAUUCAAAUACUAGUCAUCCACCUGUUUUUGGAAAAGUUACAGGUGAAGAGAUGUCUUAUUUACCAAGAUCUUUAAUUGAAAAUAAAUUCAUUAAUUCAAAAAGUUCAAUAUCAAAAGAUAUUAAUAGUAAUUUUAUUUCAAAUGAAAAUAGUAAAUUUGAAAUAAAAUUAAUUCAUAUUGGUGAAAUUACUCAUAAAUAUAAAAAUUUUUCGAAAUUUAAUAUUCAUGCAUUUGAUAGUGGAUUUUGUCUUGGUGGUGUUGGAUUUCAUAUCUCCACUAAUAAUAUAGAUUUUGAUGUUAAAAAAACUAUUGAAAAUCUUACAAUUAUUGGACCUGUUUCUUUAGAAUUUGAUAGAUAUCCUGCUCCACUUUAUCUUGGUGAUUUAUUAAAUUCUGAUAAUCUUGUUUUUUAUGGUAACUUUUGUGUUACUGAGAAAACAAAUAAAUGUUACAAUAUUAAUGAAGAUAAAAAGGAUGAAAUAAAAUCUUCAAUAUUGCCAGGUGUUGCAAUAAAAGAUAUUGAUAAAGAAUCAAAAAAUGAAAGUGAUAUCCAGAAAUCCAUUUAUAAUUCAAUUAGUUACCAAACUCAGCUAGAUAAUAUCAUUCAACAUAUAUCUGAUACUUUAAAUAAGAAUGGAUCUAUAUUAAUUCCUAUUGAUUGUUUUGGAUUACUUUGUUUAGAAGUUGUUGAAUUUAUUGGCCAAAAAAUUUCCGAAUUAAUCACAUCUGUUCAAGUACCAAUGUAUAUUAUUGGUGGUGGUAUCUCUACUAUAUUAUUAAAUGCUGAUAUUUCUUCAGAAUGGACUUCACAAUCAAGAACAAGAAAAGUCAUGUUACCAAAUCCCAAUCCUCCCUUUCUAUUUUCAUUUCUUAAAAAAUUUAAUCGACUUUAUACAUUUCAUACUAUUGAUGAAUUAUCAACAGUUUAUAGAGAACCUGCAAUAUUUUUUGCAACAAACAGUAAUAUGAAAUUUGGACCAAGUUAUGAUCUUUUUAAAACACUAAAUAAUAAUCCAAAUAAUGCACUUAUAAUUAUAGACAGCCUUGUUGAUUUUGAAGAAUUUGUUCAUAAUUUUGAAGAGAAACCCAUUAUGAAUAUUAUACAUUCUCCAAUAUAUAUUGAACCAAAUAUUUAUCAUUUGAUUGAAAAUAUUAUUCCAUACUUCAAUCAAAAUAAAGAAAAAUUUAACUUUAUAAUGCCACAUAACAACAAAAGUGAUUUUAUAUUAUAUAAUAAUCAACUUUCAAAAGAUGAGAAUUUUAUUACUUUUCAAAGUUAUAUUAAAUUGAUCCCAAUUACAAACAAAAUAAUAUAUAAUAAACAUAAUCAGAUAUUUGAUAUUACUGGUAAUUGGAUUCCUGUAACUUUAUCUUCUGAAAUAGCAGAUAAUACAGAAUUAAAGCAAAUUAAUCCAAAUUUAUUUGUUGGUAAGACUGAAGCUGUUUUUAAUUACGUUGAAGGGCAAUUAUUAAUUGAGAAAAAAAAUAGUAAUAACUCAAAUGAUUCAAAUAUUGAUAUCUCAGAAAUUAAUCAUGGAAAUGAUACUGAAAUUGAAAACACUGAUAAUAAUAAUCUAGCUGAUUGUAUUCUUAUGGUUGAUGACUUUGAUCAUCUUUUUGAUGAUUUUUUUGAUUAUCUUGAAUACGAACUUAAUAAUGAUCAACAAAUCCUUUUUGGAAAUAUUACCAUUAAAACUUUAAUUAAAGAAUUUAAAGAUAGAAGAUUAGAUGAAAUUUUCGUUAAUUAUAAUGAUUUUUUCCAAGAAGAAAAAGUUACUUCCAUUUCAAUACAAUCAAUUAAUUGUAAAAUUAUCAUUUACUCAUCAAAUAAUUUUAUAAUUAAUUCAAAUAACCGUGAAUCCAGAGAAUUAGUUUGUGAAAUUAUUUCAUCAUUACUCACUUCUGUUUAA